CCGCCCGCCUCUGCUGUUGGCGCAGGCGCCGCUGCGGCUCGGUGCUUGGGGACGAGCGGACGCCGCCGGCGAGGAUGGUGCUGGAGAGCGUGGCCCGCAUCGUGAAGGUGCAGCUCCCCGCGUACCUGAAGCGGCUCCCAGUCCCCGAGAGCAUCAGCGGGUUCGCCCGGCUCACAGUUUCAGAAUGGCUUCGGUUAUUGCCUUUCCUUGGUGUCCUUGCACUACUUGGCUACCUUGCAGUUCGUCCAUUCCUCCCAAAGAAAAAACAACAGAAGGAUAGCUUGAUUAAUCUUAAAAUACAAAAGGAAAAUCCCAAAGUGGUGAAUGAAAUAAACAUUGAAGAUUUGUGUCUUACUAAAGCAGCUUAUUGUAGAUGUUGGCGUUCUAAGACGUUUCCUGCCUGUGAUGGUUCACAUAAUAAACACAAUGAAUUAACAGGAGAUAAUGUGGGCCCACUAAUACUGAAGAAGAAAGAAGUAUAAUAGUAAGGAAUUAGGAUUGAAUUGUGUGCUGUAAAAUCUUAUGAUAUCUUUUCAUUUUUUGUGUAUAGAUCUUUCAAAUGGUGGUCUUAAUUACUACUACUUGUGGAGUAAUUAUUUCUGCCAAUUUAUUUUCUUGCUACACUACUGUUUAUAUUUGAUACUUCAUAUAUUCAAUCAUAUAGAAAUUAAAUUGUGCAAUCCUUUUAUUCUGACUUCAAAGAAUUAAUGUAUUUUCCUCCAAUAAACCAACACUUCUGAUUUUAAUUAAUUGAGGAAAUAUCUAAGUCUGGGGCAAUAGGUCCCAAACUAUUUGUUUGAAAAAUCAAUAUUUUCAAUAGAUUAUAUAAUUUACAAUUUUCUCCCUACUCUAUUAAACAUAUUAUCUUUCAGUUUG